AUGCGGCCCAGCAUCAAGUCUACGCAGACUACCUCUGACACCUUUGAACACCGUGUACUGCGAUCAGCCAAGCGCUCAGCUACGGAUCAGCCCUCCACAGAGCCUUUUCCCAACGCUUGUUCCCAUAUUGACCUUGAAUACAAGUUGCCAUUUCCGCACAAAAGACGACGAGAAGACGACAAUCACGACAGUCUGUCUGUUCACAAAGCCUGUUUCAAACACAUAGGCAGGGCCCAAGAAAAGCUUUUCAGAGCCCGGGAGGACCAGGAUCAAGAGCGAGCAGAGAGUGCCCAAGUCAUACAGCGGCUGCAGAUGGAGAAGGCGGAAGAGAUGGCAAAAUUGAGAAAGGUACUGGCGGAGAAUGAGAAUCUCUCAUGCGAAGCCAAAAGAUUGCAAAUGGAAGCCAGUCAGUUGCAGCAGCAGCUUGAAUCUUUCAAUUCCGCCAUGCAAGGCCAAGUGGCAUGGAAUGAUAUCCAACCAGCUCUGUAUCAAGCUCACGGUGACCUGGUAGCAGCGGCCACGCAAUUCUGGAGAAAUGUGGAAGCCAUUCAGAACCGACAGCUAGCUACCUAUUUGCCAGGGUCCGGAGUGGUGGAUACAGCAUGGACCAGUCAAAUCAGCGCACAAGAUCCCAUCGUUUCUACCUCAUUGCCGGAGAUUUCUGAACUGGGUGAAUACUCUGUCCUGCCUCAGCAAGCGCCGACAUCUGCAAAUUAG